AUGAGAGCUAUUGCUCGAAACACAAUAGAAAGAGUAGGACGAGCAGGGUUACCAUAUAAAAUUCAUCUACAAAGAGAAAUCAAUGAUGAUAAGAUAUUCUUCGGAGAGAAUGCUUCAGAUGCAAAAUUAGAAAUAACGAAUCUCCAACUUUACAUACCUGUAAUAACACCAUCAAUUGAAGAAGAAACGAGAAUAUUCAACUCAUUAACUAAAGAUAUUGAAAUAGGAUUUCUUCGUCGUAACACAAUAGGUAGCAUGACUUUAACUGGAGAAUCCACUACAUGGCCAAUCACUAACACUAUUAAACCAGCAAGAUAUUUAAUGGUUGGUUUCAAAAACUUAACAGAUUCUCAAACGAAUAACAAUUAUAUCUUUAGAGUAGCAAUGAACCAAACUCAAGAUCCUAUAAUCCAUAAAGUUCAAGUAAGAUUAAACAAAGAUAAUUAUCCUAACCAACCUUUAACAAUUAAUCCAUCCACGAAGGAUUAUAAUGAAUUGUAUAGAAACUAUAAAGAUAUGUGUGAAAAAACACAAGAUGUAACCGGAAACUUCAGUAAAAGAAUAAUAGAAGCUAUCGAAACGGAAUCACCAACUACAAUAACUUACAAUGGUAAAAAGAUCAAAAUAUCUAAAAAGCUUAUCAAUAGAUAUAAACAUUGUAAAGUCCGUGUUGAUAUAGAUUUGAAAAGAAUUCAAAAGAGUGUAAAGGAAGGUGGAUUUUUACCUUUCCUACAUUUGAUAUUUGCUGGUCUGGCCGCAGCAGAGGCGACAGCUGAUGAAGCGGCUGGAAUAACACAAUCUAUCAACGCCAAGAAAGCAGCUGAUACUGGAAAAAGUGAAAAACGUAGACAUAAUAUGGAAAUGGAAAAGAUAGCACAAGGUUCAGGAGUAUCAGAUAUAUUAGGGACAGUUAAAGAAUUUGGAAAUCAGUUUAUGGGGGCCGCCAUGUUUGUUGACAACUAG